AUGUGGCGUAAUGCCAGUUGCCAGGCGCCUCGUGGUAACAAAGGCGUUGCGUUUGCUACGAUGACGAGCAUUUCCCAUUCUUCGAAUCCCGAGCCCCAGUUGAAUGUUCAAUAUUCUGUUCCUGGGUUUUGCUUGCCACAUCCCGAGACCGUCAAGGAAUACUGCCUGAAUCGAAGCAAUCUGAUCUUCUGCCAAGGUGUCACUAUCGUGAAGAUAUCACCUGAAGUCGUUGUCAAGUUUGGCGCUCACAUCGACAUCAUCGAGGCCAAGAACAUGGUUCAUGUUGCGCAAAACACAACUGUGCCUGUGCCCAAAGUUUUCGCAUACUAUACCUAUGGUCCCAUUGAUCGUGAUGUUGACGAUUACGGAAGCCUUUACGAUACCUACAUCUUCAUGAGUUUCGUUGAUGGCGAAACACUCGACACAGCUUGGGAUACUUUCGAUAAUUCCAUCAAAUCCCAGGUUUCCCAACAACUUGCGAGCUACAUGCUGGACAUCCGAAGUAUGGAGAAUGAAGGAUAUAUUGGCUCUGUGAACCGUGGACCUGUUACUGAUCAUAGCCUAUCGACUUCUUUUGCCAAAGGCCCUUUCAAUUCUGAGCGCGAUUUUAAUAUGGCGCUUAUUGAUGCCUACCAAAGGAAUGCACCAAAACGCCACAUCAGAAGUUUUCUUCAUGGAAUGCUCUCUCAGUCGCACCAAAUCUGUUUUGCCCAUGGCGAUUUCCGGCCACAAAACAUUAUGGUGAAAGAUGGAAAUGUGGUCGCUAUUAUCGACUGGGAGUUAAGCGGUUGGUAUCCAGAAUACUGGGAAUUCGCAAAAGCUCUACUUAUCUGGGGAUGGCAGAAUGAUUGGGCGGAUUACUUGAUGCAAAUCCUUCAGCCGUAUCAUGCUGAAUACUUUAUGCAUUCUUUCCUGAUGGAAAAGUUACUGUAUUAA